GCAUUUCUCCAUUCCUUGGCUCAAUCGCUAGAUCCCGUCCUCCGUCCAUCCCUCCUUCUCUCCAUCCUUCCGUCCGUGCGCCUGUCCUUUCAUCAUGCAGUGGUUGUCUGUCUGCAGCCUGUUGGUGCUGCUGAGUGUGUCAGCCCGGUCUCAGGCUCAGAACCAGAUCUGUACCAUCUUCACUGAGACCAAGGAAGAUGGAUUCAAAGCUUUGGCACUUGUAGGGUUGGCUCAGAAUCUUCCAGACAGUACGUUGGGUGACAUGGUGCCUCUCAUCGCGGAGGCCUUAGCCAUGGGCGUCAAAUGCUGCUCAGACACUCCUCCAGAGGACUGCAACAGAGAUGCGGCGGACCUGUUCCAGAGCGCGGUGUGUUCCUCUGAGACCCUGGUGGAGAAGAACAAUCUAAAGCAGUGCUGUGAGAAGACUGUCGCUGAGAGGACACACUGUUUCGUGGACCACAAGGCCAAGAUUCCUCGGGAGCUGUCCCUCACAGCUGAGCUGCCCGCUGCAGAUCAGUGUGAAGACUUCAAGAAGGACCACAAGGCUUUUGUUGGGAGGUUCAUCUUCAAGUUCUCAAAGGGUCACACGAUGCUGCCCCCCCAUGUGGUCCUGGCUAUCGCCAAGGGUUAUGGAGAGGUUCUGACUACCUGCUGUGGAGAGGCUGAGGCCCAGACCUGCUUCGACACCAAGAAAGCUACUUUCCAGCACGCCGUCAAGGAGCGUGUGACUGAACUCAAGGCCCUGUGCAUCGUCCACAGGAAAUAUGGAGACCGCGUUGUCAAGGCCAAGAAGCUGGUCCAGUACAGUCAGAAGAUACCUCAGGUCUCGUUCCAGGAAAUGGGAGGCAUGGUAGACAAGAUCGUAGAGACUGCUGCCCCCUGCUGCAGCGGAGAGAUGGUCACAUGCAUGAAGGAGAGGAAGGCCCUGAUGGAUGAGGUGUGUGCUAAUGAGAGUGUGUUGUCUCGCGCGGCGGGUCUGACUGCGUGCUGUAAGGAGGAUGCCAUGGACAGAGGGUCCUGUGUUGAGGCCAUGAAGCCAGACCCUAAGCCAGACGGUCUGUCUGAGCACCACGACGUUCACGCUGAUGUAGCGGCCGUCUGCCAGACCUUUACCAAGAACCCUGAAGUAGCCAUGGGGAUGUUGAUCUAUGAGAUCUCAGUGCGUCACCCUGAGUCGUCUCAGCAGGUGAUUCUGAGGUUCGCCAAGGAGGCUGAACAGGCCUUCCUCCAGUGCUGCGACAUGGAGGACCACGCAGAGUGUGUCAAAACCGCUCUGGCAGGCAGUGAUGUUGAUAAGAUGAUCACUGAUGAGACUGACUACUACAAGAAGAUGUGUGCUGUUGAGGCUGAAAUGGGCGAUGACAACUUUGAGAAGAGUAUGAUGGUGUACUACACCAGGAUAAUGCCCCAGGCCUCCUUCGACCAGCUCCACAUGGUGUCUGAGACAGUGCAUGAUGUCCUCCAUGGCUGCUGUAAGGACGAGCCAGGCCACUUCGUCCUGCCCUGCGCAGAGGAGAAGCUGACCAACGCCAUCGACGCCACAUGUAACGACUACGACCCCUCCAGCAUUAACCCCCGCAUCGCCCACUGCUGCAACCAGUCCUACUCCAUGAGGAGAUCUUGCAUCCUGGCCAUUCAGCCUGACACAGAGUUCACGCCCCCGGAGCUCGAUGCCAACAACUUCCACCUGUGCCCCGAGCUCUGCACCAAGAACAGCAAGGAGCUGCUGCUCGCUGGGAAGAAGCUGCUGUAUGGUCUGGUCAGACAUAAGACCACCAUCACUGAGGAGCAGCUGAAGACCAUCUCUACUAACUAUUACACCCUGAAGGAGAAGUGCUGUGCUGCUGAGGACAAAGCAGCCUGCUUCACUGAGGAGGCACCCAAGCUGGUUUCUGAGAGUGCAGAGCUGCUCAAGGUUUAAGAUAUGAAUUUGAUGAUUUUAAUUUCAAAAGAUGAAGGUUCUGUCUGUAUCUAUCCAUCUACCUGCCCAGUCUACAGCUACACCAUGGUGACCUCAUCACCUCAUCCUCCUAUCCACAACGUCUGUCAUCCACUCAUAAGCCUGUCUACCAGUGAUCUGUGAUUGACUCAUAAGUCUUACAGCCUAUCCUCAUCAAACCUCUAUCUGUGAUGAAUCACACCACUGGUUUAUUUAUGACAGACAAAUAAUGACUCCUGUCAAAUCAAAUAAAUUAAUAAAUUCAUCUUUAAUAACUGGA